UGACAACCCUAAAAUGCGCCUUAAUCUUCCAAUCAGAUGAAAGAGUUCAGAAUAAUUUCCGGAUACAAUUUCUAUUUGUUAGCGUCAUUACUUGGGUCACUUAUCUGAUUAUACAUCGAGAAUGGGACGCCGAAAAUCAAAGAGGAAGCCACCUCCCAAAAAGAAACUGACGGGUAACUUGGACACCCAAUUCACCUGUCCCUUUUGUAACCACGAGAAGUCCUGUGAUGUCAAAAUGGAACGCACUCGAAACACAGGAAUAAUAUCGUGCACCGUCUGCUUGGAAGAAUUCCAGACCCCCAUUACUUAUCUUUCAGAACCAGUGGAUGUUUACAGUGAUUGGAUAGAUGCUUGCGAAGCAGCCAAUCAGUAGCAGUGGUCCCCCUGACUCUAUUCCUGUCUGACCUCACCCCUCAUUCCCUACGAUGGGUCACAUAUCUCUGGCUGGGCCAGGGCUUUGUCAAGUAGUGAAUGUGGAGAACAAACAAAGACAGAUAACACAUCUGUGAAAUCUUCAGUGUCUACACACUAAUGGAUUUGAUAUGAAGAAAGAUACACUUCCUGUUCUCCCUCUGUGGCAGGGUGGGAUGGGGGUAGGGCAAUGAAAUGUCCCAAUGGUCCUGAUCUUUGAGAAUACCACUAAGUUUCAAACCACCUCAUCAUUUGUUAUGUUUUACAGGCAAGCCUGUUGGUGGAUAUGUCUUUAGACUUUCCCAAGCUGCCAUGUCCCCCUUUUAAUGGAGCAAGUAGAUUUCAUUAGUAAAAAUUUAAAAGGGGUGAUUCUGUAGUUUUUUUGUUUGAUGUCAUGAUUUUUAUUUCAAUUUGUUUUUUUUUGUAUGGGAAUGACUUGAACAAUAAACACAUCAAUGUAAUUCACAC